CUUCUCUGUGAAGCAAACAAUUGAAUGCCAAAAAAAAAAAUACUGAGAAAGAAAGCCAGGUAAUAUGCAUAGUUGUUGCUGAUGCUAAGCCAAAGAAAAAAAAAUCUUUGAAAAUGAGAAGUUAGCUAAAGAAAGAUAGCAAGGAACAGAAAAGAGGGAGAAAAGCAAAGGAAAGGAUUCCAUUUCCUUCUCUUUUUAACACUUUGAUCUCUGUUUCAAUCUGGUAUUGAAUAUAAUCAUCAACCGAUUUUCUGUAUUUCCUUUGAUUGGAAAUUUGAGAUUGGGAUUGGAAACAGAGAAAUAGAAAGAAAGAGAAUGGGUCUUGAUGUAAUGAGAAUUAGAGUUCAAAUCAGGAGAUUUUUUAUCGUUUCAAUUAGGACAUCUUAUAAAUCAGUUUGUAAACAUCCAUUUCUUGUGGGGUUGGUGUGUUUCUUGAUAUACCUGUACAGAUCAUUUCCCUUUUUGUUUUCCCUUUUAGUCUCUGCAUCCCCUGUUUUGGUUUGUACUGCUGUUUUGCUUGGUACCCUAUUGAGUUUUGGGGAACCAAAUAUCCCUGAAAUUGAAAAAGAGAAAGAAGAAGAAGUUUCCCAUGAGAUUUCUUCUUUGAAAGCAGGGGUUCUAGGGGAUGCCACUGUUGUUGUUGAGAAAGAUGGGAGCUUUUUUAUAGAGAAUUUUGAGGGGAAGAGAAAGGAUACAGAAAAGGAAGCCAUUCGAGAAGAGAAUUGGGAGAAGAAUAGGGUCAGUAAGAUUGAGGGAGAUGUUGGUUUAGAUGAUUAUGUGCCACUGAUUGAUGAGAGUUCUCAGGAUAUUAAAUUUAAGAAAAAAGUGAUUGGAGAAGUGCAGAGAGAAUUUGAUGAUUUGGAAUAUGAGAAGAACGGGGAAAUUUACGAGGAGAAACAAGGGAUUAGAGAGAUCUUGACUAAUGGGGAGGCUGUUGAGAAUCAUUAUUCUCUGAUUCAAAAUGUGGAAGAUGAAAGUCUUCGAGUGGAAGAAGAUAAAUCCCCUGGAGAGUUUAUUGAAGAUGAAAAGGGCCAUCAUUUGGGUUCUAAGCUUUCAUCUUGGAAACGGUUAAAUGAUGAUGAUGAGGAGGAAAAGGAGGGAGAAGAGGAUGAAGAGGCUUCUGAUUCUGGGUCUGAUGGGGCUGAGAGUUCCUCUCCAGAUGCUUCAAUGGCUGAUAUUAUUCCGAUGCUGGAUGAGCUUCACCCACUUUUAGAUGAGGAAACUCCACAGCCUGUUCGUAUGUCUCAUGAUGGAUCUGAUGCUGGUUCAGAGUGCUCUAAUAAGAGUAAGGAGAGCAGCAUUGAGUCAGAGGAGGAUAUUGAAAACCAGCCAGAAGAAGAAGAUGAUGGUGACGAUGAUAAUGACAAUGAGGAAGAGGAAGGAGAAGUACAGGGAGGUAAAGAGGAUGAGAGUAAAUCUGCAAUCAAAUGGACAGAGGAUGAUCAAAAGAAUCUCAUGGAUUUGGGGACUUCAGAGCUUGAAAGAAACCAGCGUCUAGAGAGUCUUAUUGUUAGGAGAAGAGCUCGUAGAAAUGUGAGAUUAAUGGCUGAGAAGAAUCUUAUAGACUUGGAUGGGGCUGAUCUUCGCUAUAAUAUUCCACCUAUUUCAACAACAAGACGCAACCCCUUUGAUGUUCCUUAUGAUUCUUAUGAUGAUGUUCCUGGGUCUGCUCCGUCUGUGUUGUUGCCAAGACGUAAUCCAUUUGAUCUUCCUUAUGAUUCAAAUGAGGAAAAACCUGAUCUUAAAGGUGAUAGUUUUCAGCAAGAGUUCUCACCAUUGCAGCAUAGGGAACCACUCUUUCGAAGGCAUGAAAGUUUCAGUGUGGGACCAUCAGUUUUGGGUGGUUUCAGGCAAGAGAGACAGGAUUUUCAAUGGAAACCAUAUUUUGUACCUGAACGAUUCGCUUCUGAGGAAACAAGCUAUCAUACCUUCCAACGGCAAUUAAGUGAAGCAAGUGAGUCAAAGUUGAGCUCAGUUCCUGAUACUGAAUCAGUGAGUUCAGCCGUGGAGGAGGAGGACAAGAAGCUCAACGAAGAUCUUUCUCAAGAAACAGAAAUGAUCUCCAAUUUGGAUCAUGCUUCUGUCCUUGUCGAACGUGGAAGCCUGUCAUCUGAAGAUGUUGACUCUUUGGACAUUGAAAACAUUGAGAGGAGAGAUUUUCACCAUGAUGGGGAUGAAAUUGCACUUGGAGAUGCAGAAAAUCACCAUGAAUUAGAUUCAAGUUUAUCUACAUCAGGAGGGGCAACUCCUGUAGAACUUAAUACACGUGAAAUUCUUCUGCGAAUGGAACCAGGUGAAGAGGAUUAUAGCAGCAGAUCAAGCCUAUCAACAACGUCAGAAGUUGAUGAAAAAAUAUCUGACGUGAAAAAGAGAUCAAUGAGUCCAGAUCCAGGUAACAGCCAGAUUGAGGAAUCUCACAUUUCAACCCAAACUUCACUUGAUUCAGAUUUUUAUUCCACGAGUGAGGUGGUGGAUGAAAUGCAAGAAAGGGAGCCUGUUCUGGAGCCAAGAGGAAACAAUACUACAGAACCUGUCAGUGUGAUGCAAAUGUCUUCUGAUUCAGAUUUUCAUUUUACAAGUGGUGUUGAAGAUGAUAGACAUAUUGAGCCUGUUUUUCAGCCAAAAGGUGAUCAUAUUGGGGAUUCUAGCAUUUUGAUGCAAGCUUCACUAGAUUCAGAUUCACAUUUCAAGACUCUGGUGGUAGAUAAUGAUCAACAACAGAAGCCUGUUCUGGAGCCAAGUGGUAAUCUUAUUAGGGAAUCUUGCAUUUCAAUACAGACUUCACUCAAUUCAGAUUUUCACAUUACAAGUGGGAUGGUGGAUGACAAUCAACAUAAGGAGCCUGUUUAUGAUUCAAGCCCCCAAGCAGUUGACAAGUUCCUCUCUUUCUUGUCAAUCUCUUCUGCUCCACAAGGAGAGACGUCAGAAAUGGGUUCGCUUCCAGCAUCAGAUGAAUUCGCUGCUAAAGUAUCUGAAGUGCAUACUGAGAUUAUGGGGAAAGAUACUUCUGAUCACAAAGAGACGAAUGAAGGCUCCUCAAAAGAAUGCUCGCUAUAUGAAAAUGGAUCAAGCUCAAGGGAAGUUACUGAAAUUGAGCCUGAUGUUGCAAAGGUUGGGCUGUCAGGAGAUAAUCUAGCUUUCGAUUUUCAAAAUGGCAAAAAUGGGUUUAUGAAGUCAGAAUUGGUGGUUGAGCAUAAUGCAGCUGAUUCACCUCCAUCUUCAUCAAACAAUGGAUCUGUGAAGGUGGAUCUAGAAUACAAGGAAGAAAGCUCCGAUCAUGAACUGGAGGAACUGCACCUGUCAAGUCCUAACGCUGAAAUAAUUGUUGGGGUUCACCAAGAUGUAAUUGAUAAGUUGGAUUCUGCCUCUUUUGAUAAUCAGAUUGCUUCUGAAGAGACAAUUUUGCAUGCACUAGAGGAACAACAUCCUUCAGUUGCAGUUGAUGUUUCAGUGGACUCCAAAUUAUCUUCUUCAGAGUCUGAAUAUGUAGAGGAGCAUGCAAUGCUUAUGGAAGGCGUUUCACAGCCUAAAUGGGAAGGAGGCCAAUCAUCAGGUUUUGAUGCAGAGGUCCAUGCUUACAGUUUAGUGGCUUCAAGCUUUGAGCAUAUACCUUCUAAUUAUUUAAAUUUGUCUGAAAAUGAUGAAAGACAGCUUGCAGUGGUGGCUGAGCAAGUUUUAGAGGCUCAUACGCAUGCAUCCUCUUCAGAGAUUAAGCAUUUGGAGGAGCUUUCAUUGAGGAGGGAAGAAGAUCUCCGGCAUUCAUCAAGUUCUGAUGCAAUGAUUGGUGAUGACCUCCUUCAAGACGCAGAUGUGAAGCUUGUUUCUUCAGGUUCUAGUUAUCAGCACGUGCCUUCAGAGGCAAAAUCUCCCUAUGAAGUGGAGAAACAGCUGUCUUGGUCAGAUAUUUCUGUUGUUGAACCAUCCAUAAAUGAUGAUGAUGAUGAUAAAUCCCAGGAACCGUCUGUCACCCUGGCAGAGUCAACAGCAGGAGUGAACGUUGCCAACAACUUACAUGUGCCUGAAGUCUUCAAUCAUGAGGCAUCUGAAUCUGCUUCAGUCCCACCAGAGAGUCUAGAGUACAAAUUGAAGGUUGAUGAAGUUGAUUUUAAAGACAAUAUCCUCGAUAAAAUUCUCUAUGAGGACUUAGAACACCCUGACUAUUCAGUAGAAACGCACAGGUCUUCUGUUGCUGAGGGAAAUAUUAAUGAGGAUGGAGAUGAGGUAAAGGAGAUUGAUGAGGGAUUGUUGUCAGAACUGGACACAGUUGGGGACUUUAGUGUCAAAAAAGUGGUUGGUGAGUCACUUCAUGAUGAACACAUACCAGGACAAACUAGCACCGUGAUUCCUGAAUACAAUUUGUUAUCAAUAGAUAGAAGUGUGCCAGAGAUUAAACCAGAACUCCCAGUCCUUGAACUUAGAUCAGUUACAGAUAUUGACUUGGCAUUCAAGCAACUUCAUGAAGGAGUAGAUGUUGAGGAGGUCAUCCUUCCAAGUAUGAUUGAGGAUCAACCAGUUGUUGAUAAAGGCCCUGGUGAAACCAACUCAGAAUUGCGAGUUGUUGAAGCAAGAUCUUUGGAAGAUCUACAUGUUGCCAUGAAGCAAGCAUCAGAACUGUCUGAUUUAAUGGGAAGGCCAGCGGGAGUAAAUGAAGCAGGUUCUAGCAGUUGUAUUAAGGAGCUUCCAAUUCUUGAACUUAGAAUGAUUAAUGAUAUUGACCUGACAUUCAAGCAACUUAAUGAAGGUGUAGAUGUUGAGGAGGUAAUCCUUCCCAGCACAAUUGAACAAUAUCUAGCAAAUAAUGAAUCUAGAGAUCCUCAACAAUCUAGUUUUGACCUGCAAGUUGUUGAAGCAAGAUCUCUGGAAGAUCUUCAUAGAGCGUUGAAACAUGCUUCAGAAGAAAAUAUUGAAGAGAGAUCAAAACCAUCAGAUUUAAAGAACUGGCCAAGAGAAGUAAAUGAUAUGGGUUCUAGCAGUUCUACCAAGGAGCUUCCGGCUCUUGAAGUUGGUGCAAUUGAUGAUAUUGACCUGGCUUUCAAUCAACCUAACAAUGGUGUAGAUGUUCCCAGCAAAGUUGAGCAGCAUCUUGUUGUGAAUGAAUCCAGAGAUCUUCUACAUUCCAAUUCAGACUUGCAUGUUCUUGAAGCAAGCUCUGUAGAAGAUCUUCAUAGUGCCAUGAAGCAAGUUUUGGAGGUUAAUAUUGAGGAGCUGCCUAAAACAUCAGAUCCAACCAAAGAGAUAUCAAGGACUUCAGAGGCAAAUGAAAUGGGUCCCAUCAAGGACAUUGAACCAAGUAACGUAGAAGCAACUGAAGCAGGCAUUAUCCAGGAGAGAGUGGAUCAAGUGCUGUAGAGCUUGAUUCUCAAGAAACGAGUGCUGGGUUUCUGGGCGAACCAAAGCUUUGAUUUGAUGAAACAUCUGGAAUUUCAAGUUUGAACAUAUCAGAUGAAAAGGUAAGAAUGCAAAAUCUCUUAGAUUGAGCUCUAGUUCCAGCUCUAGUUCAAGCUUCACUGAUACAGGUUGAAAAAGAGAAUUGCCAGAGAGUAAGCGAAAGAAGUUUUGUGGUUUUGAGUUUUCCUUUGAUAUGGUUUACUUCUGCUAUCAUCAGCCUUUUGUUUCCAUAGUCUGGUUUUCUAUGUUGUUUUCAUUAUUGAUAGUUGGUUUUUGUUUGCCUUUUCAAUUGAUUGACCUCUUCAAGAAUGAGUUUUGGUUUGACUUCUUGAAGUGUGAUUGUUAUUAUUAUUAUUAUUUUUUCAUCUUCUAUCUUUAAGAGGUGAGAAGUUUGAGGGUUUUGGAGAGAAAAUAUUGAAAUAUUUGAAUAUUGUAAAUUAUAUUUUGUAGAAGUAAUGAUUUGAUCAAUGCCAUAUGUAUAUAGUUUUGUGCGUC